GAUCACCACAACUUCAAUGGCAAGAUGACUGAUACGCAAAAGAUAGCGAGUCUAUUCGCCAAGACUGGAGGGAGUACAACGAAUGCAGGGAAAAGCCCAAAGAAGAGCUUAGAGGAAAUCGAACUGGAAAAGGUGCUGGCCCUUUCGGAAGCGGAAGCAAAGGUUGCCGAUAUGGAUGAUGAGGCUAGGAUCAAAGCUGCGAUUGAACAAAGUUUGAUAGAGGAGCAGAGCAAGGAAGUAAAAGGAGAAGAAGUUGGAGGUAGUUCAAAAAGGAGACUAGAGGAUGGACUGCUUGUGGGACCAUCCAGCUCGCCUCCUAAGAAAGUGCAUCGAACAGAAGAGCCAAAAGAUGAGGAGGUGGGAGAUCCCUCCCUCGACGAUGAUUCAUUCGAUAGUCGAUCCGAGAGAAACAUAGAGAAACUGAACGGAAGCUUAGAUUUGCUGUACUGUAAAGGCUGGAUAAGAAGUCAAGAACGCAAACGGCUACGAAAUUGGAUGUUGAACGAAUUAGCAUGGCAUCGGGUAACGUACAUUCAACCUCGAUCAAAACAGCGAAUCAUAACGCCACGAUUCACAGCAACGUUUGGAAAAGAUGAUACAGGAUCACCUGAUCAUUUAUAUAAAUUUCCACCAAAACCAUUUCCACCGUUAUUGGAUCGUCUGAGAAAAAUCUUGGAAGAAAAGACGGGGGCCAGGUUUAAUGCAAUAAUAAUAAAUUAUUAUGCUGAUGGAAAAGAUUCAAUUUCAUAUCAUUCUGAUGAUGAAGCAUUUUUGGGAAAAUCGCCAACGAUUGCUUCAAUUUCACUUGGAGCUUCAAGAGAUUUUUAUUUACGACGCAAAGCUCCCGCAAAUCAAUCCGUUCCAGAUGCAACCUCAAACGAAAAGAUGGGCACAAAAGGUAAAGGUCCAGCCGCUCAAAGACCAACGGAAAAGAUGGUUUUGGAAGAUGGUGAUCUUUUGGUCAUGAAAGGUAGAACCCAGGCUGACUGGGAACACUCCAUCCCUAAAAGAACAUCCUACGUUGGCGGUAGGAUCAACAUGACCUUUAGACGAGUGAUGAACGUAAGCGGCACAAACAAUUUCAUCCGGUAUAAUCGAAUGGGAGAUGGCGACAGUCCCCAAUUCAGAUGGAGUGAAAAAACGCGGCAAAUGGUACCUGGCAGCGGUGGCAUAUAGCUAGGUUAUGUCUGCGUCAAUCAUAUCCUUGGUAAGGCUUUGUUGUGCAACUCUUCUCUUCAACAUUUCUAUCUAUCAUGUACAAAAAUAAUACAGUAUCUUCAACGCAAUACCUG